AUGGCCUCAGCCGGGGGCUUGACUCGUCGGAGAGGUGUCGGUCGAGCCACUGGCUCAGACGAGAACGAUGACAGCAGAGUCUCCUCGCCUGUCUCCCGGAACAACUCCGCAAUGGACAACCGCAUCCCCGAGACGUCAUACACGAACUCAGAAAAUGGGCAUAAGAUUGCCUUCGAUCCCAGGGAUAUCAGCGAGACAGAGGAACGGAGCAAGCAACCAAAGCUAACGCUCAUGGAAGAGGUGCUUCUGCUUGGACUGAAGGACAAACAGGGUUACUUGUCUUUCUGGAACGAAAACAUUUCCUACGCUUUACGAGGAUGCAUCGUCAUCGAGCUGGCUCUCCGCGGUCGGGUUGCCAUGCAGAAGGACUCUUCUCGACGAAGGUUCCCCUUGGCCGACCGGGUAAUUGAAGUUAUUGACGACACAAUGACGGGGGAAGUCUUGCUGGACGAGGCAUUGAAGAUGAUGAAGUCGAGUGAGAGGAUGAGCGUGAACUCCUGGAUCGACCUGAUGAGCGGCGAAACAUGGAACUUGAUGAAAAUUGGAUAUCAACUGAAACAAGUACGCGAGCGUCUCGCCAAGGGCCUUGUAGACAAAGGCAUUCUCCGGACCGAAAAACGGAACUUCCUUCUCUUCGAUAUGGCUACUCACCCCGUUGCUGAUGGCGGCGCCAAAGAAGACCUCAACCGACGGGUGCGCAAUAUCUGCAGCAGUCGCACUGUGCUUCUCCCAGGAAACCAAUGGCUCCCCGAAGAGACCGAGUUUCGCUACCUGCGCACUAUUACUAUGGUGUGCGCCGCCUACGCAGCGAACGUGUUGGAGAAUGCGCUGGUCACAAUGAGCCAUGAGGCUCGCGAAAGAGCUUUUGCACAGGUAGAUGAACUACUUGCCGAGUACUCUCAAUGGCCAUUUGCGCGGCGCCCUGGUGGCUCCCAGUCCGUUGGGGCCAAUCUGGCCCAAGCGAUCAACGACGAAGUGAACAAGGGUUCCGGUGACAAGGAGGUUCAACUCGAGGUUGUCGCUGCCUGUUUGAGCGUUUUCACUAGACUUGAUUCUCUACUUUAA